GAAAAUCAGUAGUAGAAGAAGAAGCAUUCGCUUAGCGCAGGUGUUUACGUUUUCCUACUUCCGUAGCUGCCUAAAACGGAAUAACGUUACUAAUCUAACGUAAUCCAUAAUUUUGAAAAGUAACAGUCGGUCAUGUUCCUCAUUUUAAUUUAAGCAUUAGAAAUGCCUGAAAGAUAAAUACAGUUAAGGUCGUUUGCUGUCCACUGUAGGCGCUGUACCGCGAGUUUACUUCAUCGUUCUUCGCAGGCAAAGCUAAAGCUAAAGCUAGCGGUGUGUUAGCAGUGGGUCAGCGGCAGUGGACAUAAUAUAAUAAUCAUCGCCUGAUCCGCAUUUUGUCCAGUGUUAAUUUAGAUAUCAAACAAGGCAGUCAUGGCCACUAGGCGUCUGACCGAUGCCUUCUUGUUAAUGCGGAACAAUGCAAUCCAAAACCGGCAGAUAUUGGCUGAGCAAGUGAGUACAUACGACCCCCGUCUGAGUACACGUAGCAAUGCUGCGGAGCUUGAUGAGUUGGCUGAUGAUCGAAUGGCCCUGGUGUCGGGCAUUAGUCUGGAUCCUGAAGCAGCCAUUGGAGUCACCAAGAAACUGCCCCCCAAAUGGGUAGAGUGGGUUAAUGAGAUCCAGUACGAAAUCACACGGGUUCGGCAAAAAAUGAAAGAUCUGGCCUUACUUCAUGACAAGCAUAUGAAUCGACCCACACUUGAUGACAGUAGUGAGGAAGAGCAUGCCAUAGAAAUCACUACUCAGGAAAUUACACAGAUGUUCCACCGAUGCCAGCGAGCUGUGACAGGCCUGCAGUCUCGUUGUGGCCACUGUACCGAGCAGGAGGAGAAGCUACUGCGAAACGUGGUCUCGUCCAUAGCACAGAGCCUGCAGGAUCUGUCCACCAAUUUCAGGCACACACAGUCCGGCUAUCUAAAACGUAUGAAGAAUCGUGAGGAGAGAUCAAAGCACUUUUUUGACUCUGGACCCCUAAUGGAAGAGGAUGAAGAUUUAGCUGUAUAUGACAAGGGGUUCACAGACGACCAGUUGAUGCUGGUUGAACAGAACACCGUUAUGGUGGAAGAACGAGAGCGGGAAAUCCGACAAAUAGUGCAGUCCAUCUCAGAUCUGAAUGAGAUUUUCCGGGACUUGGCUGGAAUGGUGGUGGAACAGGGCACCGUUCUUGACAGAAUUGACUUCAAUGUGGAGCAGUCUUGUGUGAAAACAGAAGAAGGAAUGAAACAGUUACAAAAGGCGGAACAGUAUCAGAAGAAGAACAGAAAGAUGCUGGUCAUUUUGAUCCUCUUCAUCAUAGUCAUCGUUCUAAUUAUUAUUCUUUUUGGAACAAAGUUUUAAUUAUGCAUUCCUCUGGCUUUUGUUUUCUGUGUGGGUGUUUGUGGUGCAUCUGUGUGGACUUGGUCUUGUUGGUCUCGGUCCUACUGAAAACAAAGCUGACUGCCUUUCAUUCCCACCAAAAACGUCAAGAAGAAUUCCUCAUCCCUUUACAGGUGCACGUUGGGCUGUGUGGAGAUAUUUGUGGUUGAUUUAAUGAAAGAAACAAUCAACAAUCUGUCUGAGCCGUGGCUAUUUUAUCAAGUGACUCGCACCCAAAUCGCCAAGACUCUGUGACAAGAGGUUUGUCGAACCCGACUAUGUUGACAUGUGUGUCUUAACAAAAGAAAAACAGUUUGUGUUGUAUAAAAAUGGACUACCAAUGUUUUAAAUGCUAAAGCAGAGUGUUUUCUGCUUGAACUUAAAGCAUGAAUUGUGACGUUUGUUGUGCGACAAUGCAUAAUUUCUUUCCAGUCAUUGCAAAAAUGUUGUUUCUGUAAGGAAGAUGUGACAAGAACGAAUGUUUGUGAAAGAGAAAUAUGCAGUAGAUAUCAUUUCACUGCAAAUUAAUUUUCAUUUCGACAUUACAUUUAUGCCCAGGCUCAGUAUUUUACGUUGGAAGACUAAAGGAAAAUGUUUUGUAUUAGGACAGUAUAUGAUUAGAAUAGUAAUGCGGUACCAAAAAUAUUCCUUUGGUUUAAGGACCACCUGUUUUUUAUCCUUUUACUCCGCAAUUUAAAAAUCAUACCGAGAUCAUUGUUGGCCUGAGGAAGAUGUCGACAGCCGUGAGCUUCCUCCAAUUUAUCCUGUAAUUCACACCUGCUGCACUUGUCAUGAAGUGCUUAUUUUAAAACACUUAAUCGUUAAUGUUUUUAAAUGGUCCUUGCUUAAAGUGCUACCUUUUUUAAACACUUGCAGUUUGCACAUAUUGAGGCCUAAGGGGUAGGGUGGUUGUGUUAUGGAUGUAAUACUACUGUCAUCUGUACGAUGAAAAUAUUUAUUUUUAAUAACUUUAAAUAAUCAAGAGAUUCAGAGUUGUUCUGUGUCAGGCAGAAUUAUUGUAUAUUGAGUAAAGUGUAUCUGUAGUCUAAACCCAACAGUUAUUGUCCACUCCACUGAGAAAACUGCAAUGUAGUCCAACACAAGCAGACAUGAAGACAGCAUUAUCAUUUUCUUUUCAGAUUGGACACAUUUCAUUUUAGUCGGCUUGGCUCUGUUGGAAUUUCUUUACGUGUCCUUGUGUUCUAUAAAGACUGAUUAGCGGGAACGAUGAAGAGCUUUAUUUAACAUAUCUGUACUGGACUCUACACUUUAUACACCUAUUAAAUCAUCUUUGUCUUGAUGUGAAGUUAUGUGUGAAAAAUGGUUAUGUCUUAGUGGUACUCUACCUAAGUUUUGAUUUCCAAGCAAAACGGGUGAGGAGAUGGCAACUUGUUUUUUUAAAUAAACCUGGAACAUGA